AUGUAUUUAGUAAAUAAAUUGUUUUUAUUCAUUGUAAUCACCACGGUCACCAUUGUUAACUUUGUUGAUUGCAAUCCAACAUCACUAGCCACUUUCACUCUCCAGGGUGGUUUCAUCGAACAGAACUUGACUAAUGGUGUAAUUUUACAAAAUCGUCCUGAUUAUACCAAUAGCUAUUUUAUAAACAGUCUUUUACAAUGUAUAGGAGAUGACUACAUUGUAUUGACUGAUGGAUAUGACACUCAAGAUAAACAUUAUAAUUUAUCAAUCUAUAAUGGAGUUUCUGGUUUAAUGACUACCAAGGCACAAUUCUUUACAAACAUUCAAUUUGAUUUUCAGUUUAAUUCUUUCGAUUCUUCCAGUGGACUUGCUUUCGCUUCAAUAUGUAGCAAUAGUGUUUACCCAAGUUUAGCCAUAUUCAAUGUCAAUGAAAAAACUGUGAAUCAUACUGCUUUUGACCAAACAUCUUGCCAGGAUUAUGCUUAUGGAGCUUACGAUAGCUCUACUCAAAUCUAUUAUAUUUACGGUAAUCAAGUUGGCAAGCAUAGUUCUUUGACAUUCGCUCAGUACUCGCUUGCCAGUCAGACAACAAAGUAUGUCGAAAUCGCAUAUAAUUUAGAGGAUAUCGUUCAACAAAUUUUCGUUUACCAAUCAAAGUUGUAUGUCUGUAUCAUUCAAAACUCCUACAUUGAAGUUGGUAUUGCCAACUUUAACUCGAAAUCCAUUGAUAGUAUCUUCCAGUUUAAUUACUCUGACACUGGAAAUGGAAAUUGCCAGUUUGUAUAUGACGAAGCCGGUUAUAUUUUGGCGUUGAUGACCAAUCAGAAAUCUGAAGUAAAUGUGAUCGCAAUCGAUCUCGAAACUCUUCAAACUACCAUAGAGAAAGAACUACUCAUGGAGACUACUACUAAUAAUAAUACCAAAGAUGAACAUUGUAAAGAACUUGAUCUUGGAACUUUUAUCAAUGAUAUAGUGGCUGUCGAUCAUCAUUGUCAUAAUGUAUUGGGUGAUAAAUGUGUUCAAUUGAUGCCUUUGGCUGCUUCUUUCUGUGAAGGUGCAAUAGAUAGUAAUCAACAUUUCAUGAAUCAAUCAAAAUUAGAGUCGAUUAUUUUGGAUGACGCUCUAACUAUCCAUUAUGAUAACAAGGUAAUCGAGGGUCAGUCAUCGAGUUGGCAUCUACAAUUCACAAAGGUCUACAAGGUUGUACGUUUGGAAACAAUUCUCGAGCGGUCGUUGGUCCUAGCGAAAUCCGACGGUGGCGACUGGAGUUUCCAACAGUGGACAGAACAUCUGAGAUCGAAGGUAACGAUUGCUCCGGGACAGUUGGAUACCGACGGCAUUGAAAUCAUUGGUUUCAAAUCGAUUUUGGCAUAUCGUGGUGGUUUGGGUGUUGAAUCGAGUCCAGUGGAAACAGUGGAGUCGGAAUACAAACGAAUAAUGACAGAGGACAGUGACAAGCUGGCAUCGGGUAGCUAUAGAGUUUCUUCAAAGGUACUGAUUGUCUAUUUCCUGAGAAUGACAAUGGAGAUCAGUUCACAGCGUUUCCAACCACUACCGAUUCAGAUACACACUGGCUACGGUGACAGCGAUUUGGACUUGGAAAAAGCGAAUCCACUACUAUUGAAACCGUUGAUUGCCGACUAUCCAACGGUGCCAAUUGUGCUGCUGCAUUGUAGCUAUCCGUAUUUCAGAGAGGGUGCAUUCCUCUGUUGGAUCUAUCCCAAUGUAUACAUUGACAUUGGACUGGCGAUUCCACUGCUGAGUCAGCGUGGAAUGUACGAUACACUUGAUUCACUCCUAGAGAAAUGUAUCGAAAACAAUGAGAUCACCUUGGAAGAAGCAAAAGAAUUCUCAUUGAAAAUAUUUAGAGAGAAUGUUUUAAAAUUAUAUAAUAUAAAUAAGUAG